AAUAUCCCCUUUCAAUGGUUGAUCACAUUGGGUUUAGAGAAUUUGUGACGGAUCUUCAACCGAUGUUUAAACUUGUCACAAGAAAUACUUUGAAGAGUGACAUUUUUAAAAUCUAUGAUAAUGAGAGGGAGAAAGCUUUGAAGAUCACGGACAAGAAUGGAAGUAGGAUGGCAAUUACAACUGAUAUGUAGACUUCAAGUAACAAAAAGAGAGGGUUUAUGGUCAUUACCGCUCAUUUCAUUGAUCAUGCUUGGACUUUGCAAAGCCGGGUUUUAAGGUUUGUUUAUGUUCCUUCUCCACACACGAAAGAUGUUCUUGCCGAUGUCCUUGUCGAUUGCUUUUUAGAGUGGAAUAUUGAUAGGAAGUUGUCCACAAUAACCGUAGAUAAUUGUAGUACUAAUGAUGCCAUGAUAAGACUUCUCUUGAAUAAGCUUGAUACUAGCUCUCUUAUGUUGGGUGGGUCUAUGUUGCAUAUGAGAUGUGUUGCACAUAUUUUGAAUUUGAUUGUUCAAGAUGGGUUGUCUCUUAUUGGUGAUGGUAUUGAAAGGAUUCGUGAUAGUGUGAUUUAUUGGACUGGAUCACCAAAGAGGAGACAAAAAUUUGAAGAAAAUGCACGUCAAUUGCGUGUUCAAUGCACCAAAGAGUUAGUUUUAGAUUGUAAAACUCGUUGGAAUUCAACUUACUUAAUGCUUUCUACUGCAUUGAUUUAUAAAGAUGUUUUCUCGCGUUUGGCUAAACGUGAAACAUCUUAUACUUGUUUGCCAUAUGAUCAUGAUUGGGAGGUAGCCAAAGAUAUUUGUGGGAGGUUGGAGUUGUUUUAUAGUGUGACUGAGUUUUUCUCUGGUCGUAAGUACCCCAUAACUAAUAUGUAUUUUUCUUUGGUGUGUGAGUUGAAAAUUGCAUUGAAUGAAUGGAGUUUGUCUUCAAGUGAGAUGAUAAGUACGAUGGCCGAAAGCAUGCUUGCUAAAUUUAAUUCUUAUUGGGCUAAUGUUAGUGUUGUUAUGGCUGUUUCUGUUAUCUUAGAUCCAAGAUAUAAGAUGAAGUUAUUGGAGUUUUAUUAUCCUAGCAUUUAUGGUGUUAAUUCUGAUUUGGAGAUUGAAAAAAUUAAGAAUUUUUGUUAUGAUUUGCUUGAUGAGUAUGGAGAUGUAAAUGAGUCUCCUGUAGAUAAUGAAGGAAGUUCUCAUAUGCCUGCAAGUACUUCAAAUCAAGUGGCACAAAUAAAAUUUAGGUUGAUUGGGUCAAUGUCAAGGUUUGAUGGGUUUGUGAACAAUAGUUCAAGUAGUUCAAAGAAACAUGGGAGUGGUAGAAUGGAAUUUGAUCAUUUCAUUGAUGAGGGAGUGUUGAAGAGGAGUGAAGACUUCGAUAUUUUGGCAUGGUGGAAAAAUAAUGGUCUCAAGUAUCCUACUUUACAAAGGAUUGCAAGAGAUAUUUUAGCCAUUCCCGUCACAACUGUUGCUUCAGAAGCUGCCUUUAGCACUAGUGGGAGACUUUUAAGUCCACACCGCAGUAGGUUACAUCCCAAGACUAUAGAGGCAAUGAUGUGUGCUCAGAAUUGGUUAUGGAGUGAAAUCAACGGUUCUUCAAUUAUACCUGGAGAUAGUACAUUUCAAUCCAUUCUUAAUGAUGGGGAGCCAAAUGAAGAUGAUGGGAGUUGUGCCACAAUUGAUGGGAGUUGCAUCACAAUUGAUGAAGAUUAAAUAUUUUGUAUUAAUUUAGUAGUUUUUUUAAUUUCUUGGACUUGUUGAAUUAAUUUGUUGGUAUGUAAUUAUU